AUGGAUAUGGCCAUUCAAGAUUUCAACAUGCAGCACAAACAAACAUUUCUCAUGCUGAGAUUGAAAUGUUCUAAACGGAAACCUUUACAGUCAGCUCUUGCAGCAAGACAUCUGAUCAAUAAGAACAAGGUGGAAGUUAUUCUUGGACCAAGAUCAUGGGAGGAAACAUCCAAUGUUGCUGAGGUUAGUGAACACUAUGAUGUGCCAAUUCUUUCGUUUGCCGAUUCUAGUCCACCAUGGGCUGCCAAGCGUUGGCCGUUCCUCGUUCAAGCUGCGGCGGGGACACACCUACAAAUGACGGCAGUGGCUAAUAUAAUUCAAUCGUGGGGGUGGCGCCGGGUGAAUGUAAUAUAUGAGGACACAGAUUCUGCAGCUAGUGGAAUCAGUCCUUAUCUAUUUGUUGCUUUACAAGCAGUUGAUGUCGAAAUAAGCAAUCUUUUACCCCUCCCUUCUUUUGCUGAUUCCACUUUGUUGCACAAAGAACUCAAAAAUCUGAAAAAAGAGCAAUGUAGAGUGUUUGUUGUGCAUACUUCGUUAGAACUCGCGAUGCAUAUUUUUGGAAUGGCUAAGGAAAAAAACAUGAUGGAGAAGGAAUAUGUAUGGAUUACCACUGAUUCCAUUACAAGUUCGGUGCAUUCAAUGAAUUUUUCCUUAAUUUCCUCUAUGCAAGGUGUCAUAGGUGUGAGGAACUCUUUUCUUGAGACUGGACCUGAUUUCAAAAGUUUUUUGACAAGAUUUUAUGGGAUCUUUGGCCGGAAGUACCCCGAGGAAAAGCAUCACGAGCCUGGAAUCUUUGCACUGCAGGCCUAUGAUGCCGUGAGGAUGGUGGGAUUAGCAAUGAUUGAAGGUACCAACAGCAAUGGCCAGCAACUUUUGGAAAGCAUUCUCAAAACAGAUUUCGAAGGUUUAAGUGGGAAUAUCCAGUUUACGCAGCAAAAAUUAGAGCCCACGACUCAAUUUCAGAUAAUCAAUAUCAUUGGAAAGCAUUAUAGAGAAUUGGGAUUCUGGACUGAGAAUUUAGGAUUCUCCCAUACUAUAGAUCAUGGAGUGUACAAUUUAUCCAUGGAGAGUAUAGGAGAUGUGAAUUGGCCUGGACUUGGAGGGCGAUCAUCUGCUCCAAGAGGAUGGGAUCUUCCAACAAUUGAAAAUCCUCUGAGAAUCGGAGUUCCCAAUGGAUCCAUUACAAACAAAUUUGUGAAAGUUGAUUAUGAUUCUUCUAAAGAUAAGUACACUUUUUCGGGAUUUUCUGUCGACGUGUUCAAUGAAACUGCAAGACUAUUAAUGUUUAUUUUGGAGUUGACUCGUGGAGAAAAGUAUGAGGUGCUCGUGCCCGUGCCCGUGCCCGUGCCCGUGCCGAUGGUGCAGGUGGCUGUGGUGGUGAGAUGGUGCAGUGUUCGGUUGGUAAUAGUGGUGGGAACGGUCGUGGAAUUUUGGGUGAUUGUGAUUAACGAAUAA